CACGCCCACUGGCUCGGGAGUCUGAGGCCCACCACGUGCACUCCUGCUUUUCCGUUGCUCUGGCCACAGCCCCACCCAACCAGGCUCAGUUGCCCUGGAGAGGGCAGUCGUGCAGUCGCUUGGUCCGUUGGGUCUAUGUGUGGAGAUCCUUAGGGUGAGGCCCACAGAGUUCUGCCUCAUCUUGCCUCUCACACGAGGGGGUCCAGAACCACCAGUAUGUCAAAUGAACCAAGUGUUACAGGGACCUCACCCCGGACACCGCGUCCUGGGACCCAGAAGUCAUCCAGCGCGGUAACCAAGAAGGGGGAUCGGGCCGCUAAAGAGAAGCCAACAACUGCCUUGCCACCCGUGGGUGAGGAGGAGCCAAAAAAUCCUGAGGAGUAUCAGUGCUCUGGGGUCCUGGAGGUAGACUUCGCUGAGCUCUGCACACGGUCAGGCUACACGGAUUUUCCCAAAGUUGUCGUACGGCCACGACUCCAACAGAACUUUAUCCAUUCUGCCUCCCUGUCAGAAAAACCUACCCAAGAUGACCAGAGGCUGUCGGCAUCCUGCAGCCAAAACAGCCUGGAGAGCAAAUAUGUGUUCUUUCGGCCCACCAUUCAGGUGGAGCUGGAGCAGGAGGACAGCAAGGCAGUGAAAGAGAUCUACAUCCGAGGUUGGAAAGUUGAAGAUCGGAUUCUGGGUAUCUUCUCCAAAUGUCUGCCCUCCCUUAGCCAGCUGCAGGCCAUCAACUUGUGGAAGGUGGGGCUGACGGAUAUGACGCUGACCACUUUCAUCGCCCUCUUGCCCCUCUGUUCAUCUACACUCAGGAGGGUGACUCUGGAGGGGAACCCACUGCCGCAGCAGUCUUACUACAAGCUCAUGGGACUGGACAGCACGAUUGCUCACUUAUCCCUGAGGAACAACAACAUCGAUGAUCGCGGGGCGGAGCUCCUGGGUCAGGCACUGUCCACAGUGCACAACAGCAACCGGACCCUUGUUUCACUGAACCUGGCAUUCAACCACAUCGGGGAUAAGGGCGCGGGUUACAUCGCGGAUGGGCUGAGGCUGAACCGCUCUCUCCUCUGGCUGUCCCUGGCGCACAACCAAAUUCAAGACAAGGGUGCCCUGAAGCUGGCCGAGGUCCUGCGCCCCUUUGAGCUGACCCACAGGGAAGUGGUGGAGCGGAGGCGCCUGUUGCUGGAGAAAGGAUCGCAGGAGCGGUCUAGAUCGCCUUCCUCCUCCCGACACGGGGACUCCAAAAUGGACCGUGAGAAGUCUCAGACGGUGGGGGCCAGCAGUGCUGCUUUGUCGGACAAGCCAGAAAAGAUGCAGUCAUUGAAAGCCCCUAAGGGUCUGGGCAAGAAAAAGGAGAAGCCGGGGGAAAUUGUAAAGAAGGAAGAAAAGUCGGGACCUGGGCAGUCACCCACACAAGGGACCCCUAAGAAAGAAGAUGCCACAAAGGCAGGCAAGGGGAAGGUAACCAUCCCUGAGCAGAAGAUGAGCAAGGGAAAAGGGACGAAGAUGGGGAGCAAGGAGAAGCGCAGCAUCCUCCUGGACUCAGAGAACCUAGGACAGAGCCUGAAUUAUAACCAGCACUCAAAGCCUCAGCUGCUUGUUGAAGCUACAGAGAUGGUUAACCCUCUCCUGGAGCCCGUGGAACACCGAGAUGGGAAGGUUUUCAUGCCUGGCAACAGGGUCCUUUUGCACCUCAACCUCCUCCGAAACCGAAUCACAGAAGUGGGACUGGAAGGCUUCCUCACUGCCGUGCAAUACCAGGUUCAGGCCUCCAAGGCUAGGACUUCAUCCAAGGCCCCCAUGGGGCUGCUGGGGCUGUCCCUUGCGAAAAACUGCUUUGACCCGCAGUGUCCAAAACACAUCAUGAUUCAGGAACUGAUGCUGCCAAGGGACCCUGUGAAGGCCAAGGUCAGGGAGGAGGAGGCCACAGCUACCUAGGCCUCCCCUA